GAGAAAGAUGCCUGUGGUUUAUAGGAUUAGGGCGCCGCGUCAGUGCGCCUGGGGUUAGGGUGUGGGAUCGAUCGCAAUGGGAGGCGACGCGAUGUAGGAUUUGAGGGGAAAUCGAUCGUCGUCGAGUGGGGGUAUGCAUCCAGCAGUAGGAGCGUCGAUUGAUCGAGCAUUAGGCAGUGAGCGCUGCGCUUUCUUUCUUUCUUUUUUCUUGCUCCAUCUCUAGGACAGUGUAGGAGAGAGUGCGUCUCAGCCUCCACUGGCAGCUAUUCUGCCAAAAUCAGCGUGUUUCUCGUCAGUUCCUUCUUCUUGAGCCCUUCUUUAGUUCCUUGUUUCCGAUAGUCCGCCAGAAUUUUUCCCAGGCGAAGCAGCCCAGCGCACAUUCUUUUCUCGAGCUUGAAAAAAAAAUCCCCCUUCUUUGUCUUGUCUAUCCAGAUAGAAAGUUUCUACCAUUUUCUUCUUUCUCUCCUCUUCGCCUUUUUGUUGGUUUUCCUUCUCCCUUCGUUUGUUUGUGGACGUUUUUUAAAGUCUCCACAGGACUGUAGUCGUGAAAGUCGUUCUUCUUCUUUAGUGUUGGCAACAAAGCAGUGAUCGGGUAUUUGUUUAGCAUAGUAUAUUUUGGAAAGAGACACAGAGGCAGUGAUAUAGAAGAUGGGAGUUCCAGCAUUUUAUAGAUGGCUUGCGGAUAAAUAUCCCCUUAUAGUCGUAGACGCAGUGGAGGCUGAGCCACGAAUAGUUAAUGGGUCUACUGUACCCGUAGACAGUAGCGAGCCUAAUCCUAACAACUAUGAGUAUGAUAACCUCUACCUCGACAUGAAUGGGAUCAUUCAUCCUUGUUUUCAUCCAGAAGGGCAGCCCCCUCCCGCCACCUUUGGCGAAGUGUUUAAGUGCAUCUUCGACUACAUUGAUCGUUUGUUCGCGAUCGUUCGUCCUAGGAAGCUUUUGUACAUGGCCAUUGAUGGUGUGGCUCCGCGGGCGAAAAUGAAUCAGCAACGAUCCCGGCGGUUUAGAGCGGCAAAAGAUGCGGCUGAUGCAGCUGCAGCAGAAGAGCUUUUACGCAUGAAACUUGAAGACGAGGGUGAAGUAUUCACGUCCAAGAAGAGCAAAGAAGCCUACGAUUCCAACGUCAUUACCCCCGGCACAGAGUUUAUGGAGAGCCUUGCAGUUGCACUUCAGUAUUAUAUAUGUCUGCGCCUCAACAACGACAUGGGAUGGCGAAACAUUAAGGUGAUUCUUUCUGAUGCCAAUGUUCCUGGAGAAGGUGAACAUAAAAUUAUGUCUUACAUUCGUCUGGAAAGAAACCUUCCGGGAUAUGACCCAAACACUCACCAUUGCAUCUAUGGUUUGGACGCGGACUUGAUCAUGCUGGCUCUUGCUACUCAUGAAGUUCACUUCUCUAUUUUAAGAGAGGUUGUGACUUACUCUGGGCCACAAUGCUUUCGUUGCUCGCAAACUGGUCAUCUUGCCGAAGAUUGUCCGGGCGACGUCAAACCCAAAGAAGGCAUCCCUGAAGCUCCUAAGAAGCCGUAUCAGUUUCUUCAGCUAUGGGUUUUACGUGAGUACCUGGAGUACGACAUGCGCAUUCCUGAUCCACCAUUUCCUGUUGAUUUUGAACGCCUUGUCGACGACUUCGUCUUCAUGUGCUUUUUUGUUGGGAAUGACUUUCUUCCGCACAUGCCGACCCUAGACAUCAAAGAGGGAGCCAUAACUCUCUUAAUGUCUAUUUACAAGAAGGAGUUCAAGAAUAUUGGUGGAUAUCUCACGGAGUAUGACCUGAUAAAUUACCAACGGGUCACGCAUUUUAUUCAGCGUGUUGGAAGCAUGGAAGAUGCUAUUUUUCAGAAGCGAGCACGUGUUCGCCAGGCUCGCGACAAAGCUGAUAUCAGGUCUGGAAGGGCUACUGAAGAAGACCUUGAUGACGACGAUGCAGUAAAGCUUGGAACACCAGGGUGGAAGGAACGGUAUUACAGGGAAAAGUUUGGAGCAAAAACAGCAAAAGAGGUCGACGAAAUUCGUAAUGAUGUGGUUUUGAAGUACGCAGAGGGAUUGUUUUGGGUGUUUCGGUACUAUUACAGCGGGGUUUGCUCGUGGCGCUGGUAUUACCCGUACCAUUAUGCUCCUUUUGCAUCUGACUUAACAAAAUUGGAUGAAUUGGAGCUAACGUUUUUUCCUGGCGAACCAUUUAAACCGUUUGAACAGCUCAUGGGGGUGCUUCCCGCAGCAAGCGCGGAUGCUCUACCAAAAAACUAUAGGACACUGAUGACUGAUCCCAGCUCGCCAAUCAUUGACUUUUAUCCCAUAGAUUUUGAAGUUGACAUGAAUGGGAAACGCUUUGCUUGGCAGGGCGUUGUGAAACUUCCUUUCAUAGAUGAGAACCGCUUGUUGUCGGAAACGAAGAAAGUGGAGCGGACUUUGACGGAACAAGAAUCUAGAAGAAAUUCAAGCAGUUCCGACAUACUCUAUGUACAUUCUAGUCAUCCCCUUGCUCUCGUUGUGAUGCUCUUGUAUGAGCGGUGUGCAUUUCUCUCGGAUGAACAAAAAGCUAGGGUAGUGGAGGAGAUUGACCCAACGAUAAGUGGGGGGAUGAACGGGUUCCUUACACCGUGCAAGGAUGGGAUUCGUGCAGUAAUCAGCUCGCCCGUGACAGGCAUGCUAAGCAUAAAGAACACUGCUGUUGCUGUUAUAUUCAAACCUCCCCGGUUCCACGAACACAUUGCGAAACCACCUCCAGGCGUCGUCAUGCCGCCAAAGACUGUUCACCAGGACGACGUCAAGGAUCAGCCUCUGUGGCACGAAGAGAAUGGUCGAAGAGACAACGUCGUCAACAGGCCUGCAGUCUCCGGUGCUAUGUCGGGGAUGAGACUCGGCGAUGCAGCUCGGCGUCUCGUAAACAGCAACUUGCCAAGCAGGAGCAGCACAAGCAGCAACGCACGCCCAUCAUCUCCCAACAACACGGGAAUCCUUAGCAUGCCAAACAACUCGUACCAGCAGCCACCGCCGCCGCCACAGUUCUCCCGUCCGCGUCCAGCGGGUCCUCCAGGCUUCGACGGCUUCCCUCCAAAUCCCGUCUAUCCACCUCCAGGCUCCUACGGCAAUCCGCCACCUCCAUUCUACAGGCCGCCGCCAUUCGCAAAUGGUCCGCAGAUGAUUUCCAGGCCUUCUCCGGGGGUGCCUGGAAAUGCUCCAGGAUUCAUGGGAAGAGGUGGCGGCGGUGGUGGCGGUGGUGGCGGUACCGGUGGCGGUGGUGGUCACCAGAUGCAAUAUCAGCAUCCGCAACAUCAUCAUUUCCAGCAGCAACAGGCGCCUCCAAUGCCUCCGAGUGCUUGGGCGGGAUCUCCGAGAGGGCCGCCUCCUCAUUUUGGCCAGCCUCCGCCUCCAGUGGCUCCUCCUCCGAUGGUCUACCAUGGUAAUGGAGGGAGAGGCCGAGGUGGUCCUGGUAAUAACAGGGGCUUGGUCCAAGGCAACCGUGGACAUGGUGGAUACUGAUGUCUUCUCUUUGUUCUUGCUUUCAUCAUUUCGCAGUGUGUGUAGCUUUGUAUGAUAUCUGUGAAAGAAAUUACGAGUAGACCAUUGGGGAUCCCAUCUGAUCUUGGGCAGUGGGAUAA